CGUCACAGCACGUCUUGUUCCGGAAUCAUGGCGACGUGUGUUUAGUGCAAAUCGGUGUUGCUCGUAGUUGGACGACGUGACGCGAAUGCUCGUCCGGCCGCGUGUGUUUGAGAUGGCGGCGACGCUGCUACUUCGGCCGCUGCUUCGGCAGGCGAGCGCGAGCAAAAUGUACCGGAAGUACAGCAAGGCGUGUCCGGCGUUGCCAGAGCGAGUGCAAGUCUUCGAGUCUCUCAGGGAGCGAAAGGGCAAGAGGAGAGUUGAGGCUUCUGAAAAGCACAUCAGUGUCCAUGUGGGUGAUGGCACGAUUGUGAAGGGAACCGCCGGGGUCACAACGCCACUCUCUGUCGCACAGAGUAUUCGUGAGAGAGGAGCCUUGGUGAGCAAGGUGAACGAGGAGCUGUGGGAUCUUGGGCGUCCCCUAGAGGCUAACUGUCAACUACAGCUUUUUGGCUAUGACUCACUGGAGGGAAGACAGGCAGCAUGGCGAACAGGAGCAUGCGUGCUGGGUGGAGUAUUGCAGAGGGAAUUUGGUGCCACAGUGUAUCGCCAAGGAGCGACGGAGCUCGGCCUUCACUGUGAUCAUUUGUUGGAUGACAGUGCUGCCUUGUCUCUGAGUGACGUGGAGGAGCGAUGCAAGGCGGCUGCUGCCCUCAAGCUGCCUCUGACCAGGCUGGAACUCGAUGCAGAAGAGCUGAGUGAACUCUUGCAGGAUGACAUGCUCAGUUUGCGGCUUGCGCGGGAGCAACUGAACGGCCCAACUGCUACGGUAUACAGGUGUGGAGACAGCAUAGCCCUCUGUAAUGGGCCCCUCCUACCACACACUGGCCUCCUCAGGGUGUUCAAGAUGCUCCAGCUGUCACCCCUGACCCUGGCCGAUCAGAGCGAGUGCCCGGGUUUGAUGCGUCUCUUCGGGGUGGCCUUCCCUAGCGACAAGGAUAAAGACGAGUGGGAGAGGGAACAGGAGGCGGCCCGCAGGAGGGACCACAGACGCAUCGGCACGGAGCAGGAGUUGUUCUUCUUCAAUGAUGUCAGUCCUGGAAGCUGCUUCUUCCUCCCGAAAGGAGCCCACGUGUACAACACCCUCACUGGUUUCAUCAAGAGCGAGUACCGGCGGCGAGGCUUUAACGAGGUCAUCACCCCGACUCUGUACAGCACUGCAUUGUGGGAACGCUCGGGUCACUGGGAACACUACAGCGACAACAUGUUUACAGUCACCUCAGGGGGCUCUCAGACCUACGCGCUCAAGCCCAUGAACUGCCCCGCGCACUGUCUGAUGUUCGAGCAGCGUGUGCGCUCGUGGCGAGAGCUUCCUCUGCGCUGGGCCGACUUCGGGGCGCUGCAUCGCAACGAGCUCUCCGGCGCUCUGGGGGGUCUCACCCGGGUCCGCAAGUUCUGCCAAGACGAUGCUCACAUUUUCUGCACGCCUGACCAGCUGGAAGGUGAAAUUGUGGCUUGUUUGGACUUUGUGAGAAGCGUUUAUCAAGUGUUUGGGUUUUCCUUCCAUUGCCUCCUCUCCACACGUCCCACUCCCUGCCUCGGGGAGCCCGAGCAGUGGGACCACGCCGAGCAGCAGUUAGAGCGGAGCCUGCGGCAGUUUGGCGAGCGGUGGGAGUUGAACCCAGGGGACGGAGCCUUCUAUGGGCCAAAGAUUGACAUCCAGAUUAGAGAUGCGAUGGGUCGACAGCACCAGUGCGCCACCAUCCAGUUGGACUUUCAGCUGCCAAUCAGAUUUAACCUUCAGUACGUGGGGCGAGAUGGCAAGUCCCAUCGGCCGGUGAUGAUCCACCGUGCGGUGCUCGGCUCACUGGAGAGGAUGAUUGCAAUCUUGGCUGAAAACUUUGGAGGGAAAUGGCCGUUUUGGUUGUCUCCGGCACAAGUCAUGGUCAUCCCCGUUGGGAGCAGCUGUGAGGCAGCCGCUAAACAGUUGGUUCAGAAGUUUCGUGAAACCGGCUUCAUGGUGGAUUUGAAUGAAGACGCCGGCGCCACCUUAAGCAAGAAGAUCCGCUCUGCUCAGCUGGCACAAUACAAUUACACGUUUGUGGUAGGCGAUCAGGAGUGCGAGAGCGGCACGGUGAGUGUUCGGAGUCGAGGCGGCCAGCAACUGGGCAGGAGGCCUGUCGAGGAAGUUCUCAUGGGCCUCUCGCGACUACGAGACUCCAGGAGUAACCGGGCCGACUUUUAAAGGGGACAUAAGUGACAUUUUGCAAUCAAGUCGCGCAACCGGACUACACUGAAACAUUUUCAUGUUCUCGUUCGUCGUCACAAAAUACAAUCACCGUUUUUGGUGACUGCCUUGUGAUGGGGUUUUCUUUGAACUUGUCAUUCUUUUGCCAUUGCCCCGUGCAACUUGGGGUGUGGCCGCAUGGCGCGUUGUGCGGCAUCUUAACUGGAUCUGAUGUAUUUGAUAAGGCCGCCCCUUCAAAACAAACUCGAGCGGAAAGCGGCAUGUCAACGGCUGUAAUUCUUCAUCCUGGGACAUUUUCGUGAACUCGUGUCAUCGAAAUGUUAUUGGGAAACAUGGGAGCUGUUUCGAAGUUGAAAACCAUGUACAGUAUAUCUCAAUAAGACAUCUGCAAACUAUUUGUGAGAAAAUUACGGACGUGUCCCUCAGAACGGUUGUGUAAUGUAACCAGUGUUCAUUUGGUUUGCUGCCCUUCAGCUUGGAAAAGUGCAGCUUCGCUUUCCAAUAAAGCUGCAUAAACUUUU